AUGCCCAAGGACAAGACCCUGCAGAGCACCAAGCGAACCCAGAAGGCCGGUAAGCGUGCCAAGAAGGACCCCAACGCUCCCAAGCGGCCCCUCUCUGGCUACAUGUUCUUUGGAACGGCCACCCGUCCUCAAAUCAAGGCAGAGAACCCGACAGCCACCUUUGGCCAACUCGGCAAGAUCCUUGGCGAGCGAUGGAAGAACAUGUCCGAUGCUGAGAAGCAGCCCUGGAACGACAAGGCCAUCAAGGACAGACUGCGAUGGGAAAAGGAGGUCAAGGAAUACAAGGCUCGCGGCGGCCAAUACGAAGAGGAUGACGACGAAAAUGCCGACGAUGAGUAA